AUGAGGGCUAAGCGUUCUAAGAAGUAUCGCAAACUCAUGCACCAGUAUGAGCUUACAUUCGGCUUCCGUGGGCCGUACCAAGUCCUCGUCGACUCGAAUUUCCUGCAGCAGGUGCACAAUUUCAAGAUGGACUUGAUGCUCGCUUUAGAGCGCACAGUUCAAGGCAAAGUAAAGCCAUUACUGACCAAGUGCUCUCUCGCUGCUAUCACCGCCGCACAACCUAUCAAUCCCAAGACUGGCAAACCCUUCCGUCCCUACCACCUCCCCCCGCCAACAGUACUCCCCCUCCGCCACUGCUCGCACAACCCGGAGUCAGAGCCCAUCGACGAGAUCGACUGCCUUCUCUCGCUGCUCUCGCCAAACGCAGAAGUCAAGAAGAACAAGGAGCAUUACAUUCUUGCUACCGCCGACCCGGCCGUCAAGAAGUCAGACAACAACAAUGACAACCAGCAGCGCAAGCGCAAGCGCGACGAAGAGCGCGAGGAGGAACAAGCUUUGCGUCGGGCCCGCAACCUGCGUGUUCGUGCGCGCUCUAUUCCCGGUGUGCCAAUUAUCUACGUUAAGCGAUCCGUCAUGGUCCUGGAGCCGAUGAGUACGCCGUCAGAGAACGUGCGCGAGGGUGUGGAGAGGGACAAGUUCCGCGUGGGCCUCCCUGAGCCCCAGCCAAAGGCUGAAGAUGCUGCGGAAAGUGCUGCGAAGAAGAAGAUUCCCGGAUUGAAAAAGGCCAAGGGGCCGAACCCGCUUAGUAUGAAGAAGCCGAAGAAGCGUACGGAGGAGUCUGGUGCUUCAAAGGCGCCUAAGAAGAGUGACGCUACGGAAGGUUCGAAGGGGAAUUAUACAGCUGACCAGCCGGAUGGUGAAGAUGCCGGUGCUCCUAAGAAUAAGAGGAGAAGGCGGCACCAUAAGAGUGGUCCUCGUGAGGAGAACGAGGAUGGCGCGCCAUCAGCUGAGGCUGGUCAGGCUAUGGAGGUUGAGGCUUGA